AUGCAGUAUAUUCCCCCCAGUCAGAGAUUGUUUAACGCAAGACACAAGGUUACUAGGAAAGAUUUAGUUGAAGAUUGGGAUCAGUUAUUAGAUGUGGAUGUUGAUUAUGGGCUUUACGGCGUACCGCUAAUCGGCAGCCGUAGACGCACAGGAUCAAGCUCUGAAAGUGAUACUUCCUCCAUCUUUUCAGAUCUUUCUGGUGACUCUAGUAUUAUGGAUGUUUAUAGUCGAAUGCAAGACAACUUAAGUAUAGAAUAUGUGAUUCAAGAUAAUAAGAAAAAAAUAUUACGAGAGGAAGAAGCGUUAUCUCUAUUGAAACAAAGUGGUGGUGGUAGAUCUAGAGCUAAACAUGAGUUACAAAGGCUCAAGGAGGAAAACCGGAGUUUGUUAAGACGUAGAGAUUUACUUGAUGCACGCUGGAAUCAGAUAAGGUUCUCACCUUAUUUGCUCAUGGAAGCAAAAAGAGAUGGGUUAUAUUGGUUUGGAUUACCUUCAGAUUUAAGAAUACACAUCUACGAGUGUUGUCUCGACGACGUUCCUGUGCCAGCACCUGAUCGGUUUCUCAAUGCUCUGAAGGAUUGUGUACCGAAUGAACCAUUGGCACUACAAGUCUUUGCCAACCUACAAAAUAGACAGUCUCUAUCGUCCCAUGCGGCAAUUCCCAACGCCAAGAUCCAGUCAAAAUUCCCUGGAUUGCAUUUCCACUUACAAAACACUCUAAAAUUGAAUGUAUUUGAAGAUUUCAUCAAACCACUAAUAUUCCAUUCACUAUGCCAUGCUCUCGAACAACAUGCAGCCGACGGUGUGGCUCUAGAAUUACUAGACAUUCUGGUGCUGUCAAUGCCUCACCAAGAAUUGGAUACAGUACUACUGGACGAUUUUCUCAUGAAUGUACUCGCGCAAACCCAUCAUAAGUUCUUUGGUGAUGAAUCCGCACAAGUUAGGAGACAAGUGGUUGAAAUAAAAUUCGACUUGAUAGAAUUGCUGGAAUCAAUGCGUCAGACGAAAGCUGAUUCUUUACAACCUGUUAGACCUCUCCCCACGUGA